UUGCUUUCUUGCGCAAGAAAAAUACUUUCUUGGGGCAAGAAAGAGGCAAGAAUGCGCAAGAAACGAUUCUUGGGCAAGAAAUGUCACAAGAUCUUGCAUUCUUGCUUAACAAGAACAUCGACUAGGGUAGUCACAACUCUCACUUUGUUCUCUUGCUUUUCUUUGGAUGUACACAUUUUGUCUUUCCGUUCUGUAUCCGUAGUGACCCCAUUUUCUGCCAUUCAUAUAGUUAGUGUACAUACAUUGACUACACAGUCUUUUACGUAUGUAUACAUUUCCUUAGAUAGAUAUACUUCUCUUUUUCUCCGUCAUCGUUGUCACCUCCAUAAGUGUGUGUACGUAUUAGUUUAGUUAGUUCCCUCUAUCAAUCAGACCAUUCGUCGUGUACUUCUUUUUGUAUUGAUUCGUUUGGCACAAUACAGUUUUUACACAUACAAGGCACGUUCUCUGACACAAGCUGCUAGUACAUAUAUUAAGUAACCGAUAUGUACCUUUCCAUCCAUUCCGCCACAGAAUAUUUACACAUGCGCGUCAUUUGAAUCACACAGCAUAUAGAAAAGCAAAAAAUCAUAAAUAAAUAAACACGACGAAUAAAAAAAAGUAACUGAGGAGGAAAGAAUUAUAUAGUACAGCGGAGUAGGGUGAGAAAAAGUUUUGGCUUUAAAUAUUUUUGUAUAUUUUUCAUGUACUGAACUUAGCAACAAAAUAAUAAAGUUGUGAAAUUUGUGAGUAAUCUAUACCAGUAAUAUUUAUACUCGGUGAGCAUGACUUUUGACGAAGAGUAUGCUGAAUCGAAAUACACACUAAAAGUUUGAGUACUUUUUCUCUGGAAGAACGCCCCACGGUUCCAACGAUAAGGCUAACGAUAAGGGCGGCUUUGUGAUGUAAAUUAAAUUUGCAUAGGUUGAGAAAGUCCACAUCGCUGCAACUUCCCGUUUUACGUGGAAAAAGUAGUAUGAAUCAGAAGUCGCCGCGAGCUAUUAGGUGUGUGCGUAUCUCUCUGUAAGGGAUGAGUAUCGGUUUGUAAUGACUAUCUGUAUGAGUGACUAGAUGUUUGACUGACUACCUGACUGCCUGUCUGUAUAAGAUGCAUAUCUGUAUAUAUACUGUAUACAAAACUCUUGAGAAACAUUUGCAAUACUGGUGAAAUAAUAACGACGAAUUUAACAGAUUUCUUCUGUCCGAUUUUUUCAUCUACCAGGAGCUACUCACUGUGAUACGACAGUCAGUCAGUCAGUCAAAUCUAUAGUUACUUAUACAGAUAGUCAUCACAUACAAACAGACAAGCACACAGUUAGUCAGACAGGCAGUCAGUCAGUCGAACAUAUAGUCAUCCACACAGAUACCCACCGGAUGCACACCAAUAUACGAGCGAUGUGUAUUGACUACCUAGUCACUGGUUCCUUCAUACACGAACACAAGUGUGUCGGUGAGUGCGCACUAUAUAGUUAUACGUAUGUAUCUAUAUCAAGGGGGAAACAGCGGACUCCCGGACUCCAGGAGUCUAUUGGAGUCCCUUGUAAUCUCAAGGAUAUAUAUAUUUAUUUUAUUUUAUAUUCGUGAAACUAUGCAAUAUUUUAUUGGUUGUUUAUUAAUUAUGAGCAAAAAUAUAUAUUGAGAAAGAUAAAUUUAAAAGCUUUGCCAACAUUGCAUUGGAAACAAACGAGUUAUAAUAAAGGAACUAUGAACAAUGUUAUUAGAAAUGUUGUAUUAAUUGUCGAUACAUAGUAAUAAGUUUUCAUACAAUAGCAACACUUUUACGAACUCCUAUUAAUAGACUUCAGGAGUUCAUGGAGUCCGCUGUUUCCCCCUUGGUUUAUAUACAGUCAGAUACUUUAAUACGUAAUGGAGAGAAGUAUUUUUCUACAUGAACGGGAAAGUCUCAGAGACGUGGACUUUCUCAUGAACUCUAAAUUUGGUUGAAAUAAAAUGGUGCAGUAUUAAUUGAAUUUGUUAUUUAAAGGAGUCUAUUGUAAAGAAGAAUAAACUCUGUCAGCAUAAAGGACCGCAUGGAGUACGUAGAAUUUGAAAUACGAGAGGGAUGUAAGUUACUUAGAAUAUGUUCAUAUUACCAGAUACGACCGUACCUGAUGUUUGAAGUCUUUUCAAAUUUUAUUUUCUCUCUAUAUACUUUUAGAGCUGAGGUUUUUGCUGAAGUGAAACUAUUUGGAAUAGAAUCUGAAAUGGAUGAUGAGAAAGCAUUAUCAGUAAUCCACGGGAUCAAACAAAAAACGAAUGGUAAAACAGCAAGAACAAAACGAAUGAAGAAAGCAAACAAAGAAUGGACGGAUCACGUAACAACAAUUGAACACUGCUCAAAUGAACUUUGGUUAGAAUAUUUUGACUAUUUAACAUCCUUCGAAAUUCUUUAUUCAUUCUCAAAUCUAAAUUAUCGUUUGAGUUCUAUUGUUUAUUCAUUACCAAUACAUAUUGAUUCGACAUGCACCAUGUCAACAGUUUCAUUCAAACAAUUUUAUUCAAAUAUUUCUCGUCCACCACAAUGUAAACACAUUUUAUCGUUAACUAUUUCGUGUAAGAAUACAGUUGGAGCAAUAUCUCUGUUUCAGUUGUCCUGUAGAAUUGAACAAUUUUACAAUCUUUCCAGUAUAAAAUUUCAGUUAUACACACAUGCUGAUAUAACAGAUUUAGUGCAGUUCAGUUUAAAAUUAGAUCAAUUACCUCAAUUGUCCACCGUCAUCGUAGAAAUGUAUAAUUUGUCUUUUGAUUAUAAUAUACGACUUGGGUCAAUAAUUCAUACAAUGUUAAAAUUAAAGUCACUGAAAACUCUUCGAUUACCAACAAUUAACGAAGUAAAUUUUAUUCAUUUGAAAAGAUCUUUCAUAGAAGAACUAACACUUGAAUGGUGCAGUUUAGAUAUAUUCUAUUAUUUAAAUUUGAGUUUAAAGCAUUUAACCAUUAAGAAUAUUAUUAGUCGCGGUAAACGAUUGGAGCAUACAGAUGUAUUUGUUCGAAACCUGACACAUUUAAAGUUAGAUUUAUCAGCUAAUUGGGAUUGUGAUACUAUUGUUCCUUUACUUAAACAAAUCGGACAAAAUUUAAAAUAUUUUUCUUUGGUAUUCCGCAGUUAUGAUGCUAAAUAUUUCACGGGUGAUUAUUGGUCAACAUUUUUAUCAUCGACAUUAAACAAAUCGUGUAAGAUUGAACUAUUUAUUGAAGGUUGCAAUUAUCUCAUAAAUGAUCAAAUCGACAUAUACCAUCGAUCAAAAUCAUUUGAAACAGAAUUUUGGUAUGAUUAUGAUUUAUCCAUAAAACUUCAUUAUGAUCCAUAUUUAAGGACAUGUUGUUUGUACACGUUACCUUAUCCAAAAACAUAUUUGAAAGCAAAAUGGUAUUAUGAACGAAUAUUGAUUUUAACACCGAUGGCAAAAAUGGUGCGAAGACAAAUUUCGAUUUAUGAUAGAGUAAAGUCUGUCGAGUUUACUAUUGAUGAAAAUUUUAUCGAUUAUCAGAGUAUCUUUUAUUGUCGAAAUAUUCAAGAAUUAAUCGUUAGUGGAUCAUGUGAUUCUAAUGAUCAGUUAAAAAGCGAUCCAUUCUCAUCUUUAGUUCAUCGGAAGUCAUUAACAAAAUUAGUAAAAUUGAAUUGGAAUUUUCCGAAAAAUAUAAAUAUUUACACUAAACAACAUUUACGUGAAAUAUUAAAAUGUGUGCCGAAUUUAUCAUCAAUCACAUCUAAUCAUAUUCCUAACAGUUUAUUCAAUAUUUUCAAACAGGAAUAUUCGAAUAUCAAUAUUGAAUAUUUCGACGUUCCAUCUUAUGUUAUCGACUCAAAGAAUAUUAAACAACUAAUGAUCACAUUUCCAAAUCUGAAGACAUUAACAUGUACUGUUAAAACCCUAGGUGUUUGCAGAAAAAUAUUACCAAUUCUUUUAUAUGAAAUUAAACGUUUGACAUACUUUACAAUACGUAUCGAAUGUAGUUGUAAUAAAACAAAAUUUAGAAAAUUGAUAAACGUUUAUUUACAACAUGUACAGUGGGUUCGAAAUGAAAACGCGUUGUUGGUUUGGAUUUAA